GUUUGGAGUCACUAGAUACGAUCCGAUGUGGUCAGGAAAUGGGCCGGUGGUCCGGUCUGAUGGUGCUGCUCUGCCUCCCCCUUGUGGCCCCGCAGCUCCCCGGUCACCCCACUGCCUACAUCACCAAUGUCUACAUUAAUGACAAGGUUGAGCAAGCCCUGCAGCAGAUCCAGGACGUGGCGACGGGCAACAUGGGCGCACUCUGCGUGACGGAGGCGGGCUUCCAGCCGCUGACAGCCGCGCCCCUCGACCCGCGCCGCUUCGAGUCUGUGCGCCAGAAGGCAGACCUCGUAGCCACUCUGCUGCAGGACGUUGGCGUCGCACACCACAACGGCCUGGUGGAUGCGAUCGGAAAGGGCCUGCUUCUGUCGGAGCAGCGGCUGCUGACGUCACGCGUGCUGUCCCUCAACUCCAGCUCAGGCCAAGUGCUCAGUCGCAUCGUGUGGCGUCGCGAUACGCCUGGCUUGCUCGAGCCUCACAGGGUAACGGACGACGGACUCCGAGUGGGCGAACGUCCUGACCCAACGACGCCUUGGUUCGAGGACUUGCACUCGUCACCCGGCCUCCACUCGCCCAAGUUUAUCGUUGCACCUCCAGACGCCGCCUACAAGGGCUGGUGGACCUUCCCCUACUACUCCUGUCAACUCAGACGCUGGAUCGUGUCUUACAGUGUUGUCAUACUUCCUUCUGCCAAACACGAAACAAAAGGCUUCCUGAGUAUGGACGUUGAUGUUUCUUCCCUUGAAAUCAACCAGUGUGAAAAAGAGACUGAUUCGAGCAUUAACGAUCACUUAUCAUCCAAUCAGAUUCGCGUCUUCCACCGUACUCAUAAGUGUCACUCCUCCACACAGUGUAUAUAUCGACCACCCAGUGGACCUGUUUUGUCCGGGUGGAUAAGGGGUGGCUACAUUUGUCGAUGUAAACAGGGAUAUUAUUCUUCAACACAUCAUGAUUUCAAUGGAUCUCUUGUAGAAGCUGCCUGGCAAGAAAAAUUGAGGAAUUUAAGCACGGUGUACGAGGAUGUUCUGAAAUGUAGACGAUGUGCGCCAGGCUGCAUCAGCUGUACUGGUCCUUCCCCUUGUUUAGCUUCAUACAAUUGGCCUUUCAGGAUAACCCUGCUCUCCAUAUCAGUUUCCUGUGUUCUAUUCACUAUAUGCUUGAUAGUGUACAUGUACCAGCAUCGCAGGAUAAAAGUAUUCAAAGUGGCAAGUCCAAUAUUUCUUGCAAUCACACUACUUGGCUGUGCUAUUAUGUAUUUAGAGAUGGCAGCAAUAUUCCCAGUUCUUGAUUUGUAUUCAUGCAUAGUGACAAAAUGGUGCCGUCAUUUAGGUUUUUGUAUAACAUACACAGCUCUCCUUAUGAAAACAUGGAGGGUAUCACUGACCUACAGGGUGAAAUCGGCUCAUAAAGUGAAGCUGACCGACAAGCAACUGUUGCAAUGGAUGUUUCCAAUUCUGUUGGUGAUGCUCAUCUAUUUGAGCACAUGGACUAUCAGUGCACCCCCCUACGCUCAGCAGAUCAAAGAUGGCGGAGGUUUGCUGUUCAAACAGUGUCUUUUCAAUUGGUGGGAUCACAGUCUUGCCAUUGGUGAAGUGCUAUUUUUAGCAUGGGGUAUCAGGGUUUGCUACAAUGUACGCAAUGCCGAAUCUCUUUACAAUGAAGCAAGGCUGAUCACUUUCGCCAUUUACAAUAUUGCUGUUGUCAAUAUAGCCAUGGUUGCUUUUCACUUGUUCCUGUUCCCGCAUGCAGGACCUGACAUCAAAUAUCUCCUAGGAUUCAUUAGAACACAACUAAGUACUUCAGUCACUGUUGCUUUAGUUUUUGGACCCAAGGUGUUGCGUGUAUUGCGUGGCCAAGGGGAUCAGUGGGACAACAGAGCGAGAGCGCGAGGAGUGACAGCUUCGUUCUCUCUCAACGGCAUCGGACUUGUGCCUGACGAAGCUCCUGAUCUUUACCAGGAAAAUGAAGAACUCAAGGAGGAGAUACAGAAGCUAGCCGGACAGAUAGAGUUCAUGAAGAUCGUCCAGAUGGAAGUGAACAACAGGCACCUUAAGCCAAAGCAGGGUAGCUACUUCAGCUCGGCCAACACGUCGAUCGUGUUGCAGAGUCCAGUCUGCCGGCCGUCGGGCAGUCUCAUCAUCGGCAAGGGCGCCGCCUCCAUCAGUGACGACACCGACGAACGCGUCUGACUAGUGGUCCGCACGAGGGAGGUCUGGUUAUGAUGGUUUCGCUUCUUAAUCGCUCUUCACAUUCAGUUCUCUAUCACAUUCUGAGCUUAAUAUGAUACUCAUAUUCUGACCUCGGCUGAUUUCAUAAAGGCAGUAUACACUACCAUAGAAUAAGGACCAAGCCACACGAGUCGUUUUUCCAGUCAGCAAGAGAGACAGGAAGCUCUCCAAUUGGCUGGUCAGGAAGCUCAUUCGAUACUCUAACCUCAGAAGAAGGAACACAGGAGAAGAAGGAGUAUGUUCCUUCCUUCGUGCUCCAAUCCAAUCAGCCAAUCGGAGAGCUUCCUGUCUGUCGUGCCGUCUGAAAAGACGACUUGUGUGGCUUAGCCCUCACCAAUCUAGGUCAACUCUAGAUUAUUCUAUGACACCACCUCUACUUUCAAGCUGCUCUAAGCUUGGGAGAAAUGUGAUGAUGGUAGCGGUUGAUUUAAAAUCGAUCGAUUUAGGUGCAUACAGACUUAUGCGCCACGAACACGCGGAUUUCACUCUCCAUCAGCUAUCUGUAUUUGUACAGAGACAGUAAGAUACAUAUAUUGACUAAUGAGCACAGAGUCAGCU